GGCUGAAUCGUCACGCCAACGCCGUUCAGGAUGAGCUGGAGGACCGCGCGACACCUCAAGAGGAGGAGGGAGACUUUCCCGUUUGUGGAUCAGUCUUCAGGUACCACCAUCACUGUAGAUAUCGCUGUUAUGGGCGAAGCUCAUGGUCUCAUCACGGAUCUCUUAGCUGAGCCAUCGUUACCGCCACACGUAUGCACUUCCCUGAGGGCGGUCAGCAACCUACUGAGCACGCAGCUCAACUUCCAGCCCAUCCACAAGGCCAGGGUGAACCCCCUUGUCACCUUCAGUGAGAACUCUGCAUGUUCCGACUCCGAGGAGGGCUCUGAGAAGGGGGAGAAGAUGACUAUACCAAAGAGGUUACGGAGAAGUCUUCCAUCGGGACUAUUACGCCGAGUUUCUUCAACCUGGACCACAACCACCUCCGCCACUGGAUUACCGACCCUUGAACCGGCGCCGGUGAGGCGAGACCGCAGCGGAAGUAUUAAGCCUACCGACACAACUUGCUCGAGCGGCGGUUCCGACUCGUGGAACAACAACCUUCUGGGGAACAUCAGUAAAAGCCGCUCCUUCUCCACCCCGUUCGUUGUGUCUAAUGUCAAUCACCUGAAUUCCAAACGAAGGCAAGGUAUCCCACCCUCCAUCUCUCCGCUCAGCUCCCCGUGUCACUCCCCGAGUUACGGCACGCCGGUGCCCAGCCCCACGAUAAAGACAUUGCCGGUGCAGUUCACAGAUUCCGAGGGCAGCCGCCUCGGCCUGAACCCACACAAAGCCUUAACGUGUUCCAGGAGUGCGCCGGAAAUUCCCGAGCCCGUCCCUGAAGACACCACCGCUGUAUGUAGCAGUUGUGGGCGGCCGUACAGCCAGGUAAAUCCAGCGGAGAGGACAGCAGACACAAAUGACAUAACGCACUCUCAGAGCCGUGCAGAUGACCCGGCUCACACCACGUCAGACUAUGACAGCACACAUGAAACCAACAACAGCGACAGUAGCGACAUUGUACAGAACGAUGACGAGGGAGAAGGGACGCAGUCCAGGAAAGGCUCCGUCUGCCGAACGUAUCGACCGGACAACAUUGACCUCCACGCACUAAUAACAUCAACCGAGGACAAGCCCAUCCUGGCCCCAGAGCCACUCAUCAUGGACAAUGUAGAUGACCUUAUGGGGGAAGUCAACAACUGGAACUUCCCCAUAUUUGACCUGGUGGAGAUGACGGGUCAGAGCUGCGGCCGAAUCCUCAGCCAGACGUCGUAUCGACUCUUCGAUGACAUGAAUCUUCUGCAGACAUUUAAAAUCCCCCUGAAGGAAUUCAUGAACUAUUUUCACGCCUUGGAGAACGGCUACCGAGACAUUCCGUAUCACAACAGGAUCCACGCCACUGACGUGUUACAUGCAGUCUGGUACCUCAGUACCCAGGCCAUCCCGGGUCUGCACAACGCCGUCAACGAUCAUGGCUCAGCCAGCGAUUCAGAUUCAGACAGCGGCAUCACGCAUGGACACAUGGGUUACACUUUCUCCAAGAUGUACAAUCCUUCAGAAGAAACAUACGGCUGUUUGUCAGGGAACAUUCCGUCCUUGGAGCUCAUGGCUCUGUAUGUAGCGGCAGCCAUGCACGACUACGACCACCCAGGAAGAACCAAUGCCUUCCUUGUGGCAACCAGUGCACCGCAGGCAGUGCUCUAUAAUGACCGGUCGGUUCUGGAGAAUCACCAUGCGGCUGCGGCAUGGAAUCUCUUCCUGUCACGGCCGGAAUAUAAUUUUUUAAUCAAUUUAGAUCACAUGGAGUUCAAGCGGUUCCGGUUCCUGGUGAUCGAGGCAAUUCUCGCCACCGACCUGAAGAAACACUUCGAUUUCCUGGCAGAGUUCAAUGCAAAGGUGAACGAGGAGGUGGGGCCAGGGAUUGACUGGUCCAAUGAGAAUGACCGAUUGCUGGUCUGUCAGAUGUGCAUUAAGCUGGCUGACAUCAACGGACCCGCCAAAUGUAAAGAUUUACAUCUGAAGUGGACGGAGGGGAUCGUCAACGAGUUCUACGAGCAGGGGGAUGAAGAGGCGAGCCUCGGCCUCCCCAUCAGCCCGUUCAUGGACCGCUCGGCCCCUCAGUUAGCCAAACUUCAGGAAUCGUUCAUAACUCACAUUGUGGGGCCUUUAUGUAACUCGUAUGACUCGGCGGGUCUUAUGCCGGGGAAAUGGUUUGAAGACAGUGAUGAGUCUGAGGAUACAGAUGAACUAGAUGAAGAUACGGAUACUACAGAGGAGGAAACGUCUGAAGCCUCAGAAACGAUAACAAGUAUGUCCUCUCAGAUCUUCUGUUGUUUCAGAGAUGCCUUUAGGGGGAAAAAUUCAGGGAAGGAAAAGAAAAAGUGCAAAAGAAAAAUCUACUGUGAGAUUACACAUCACUUGAUGGAGAACCACAAAAUGUGGAAGAAAGUGAUCGAAGAGGAGCAGAAGACGGAGGCCGUAGAGAAGGAGCCAACGUCGGAGCCAAUCCAGGCCAUCCGGGAGGAGGAGGAAGUCAACGCCAAACAGGAGAACUCGGACGCCGUAACGGACGAGUGAGCGCUGCCGCCAUUGCCGCAGCAGCAGACUCUAAACGACGCCGCUCUCUCCAGCCAGCACAAAGCUUAGACACGACACUGUAGAGAUGACGACCAUGUGCCUCCACCCGUUUCUUGUGUUUUUCUAUAUACACGGGGAGAUCCUUUUUCCGAUCUCGUUAUACUCAAGGACGCUACGGCACUGCUGCGCGACCGUCUCCAGAGACUAGACGCAAGGGACUGCCAGGAGACGGCGGGACAGCCGCACAUUUCAGAAAUCUAUAUUUAAUACCUAUAUACCUAUGUAUGUUUCUUUUUAUUAAACACACACCUGCAGGAGAAGUGUGGGGACGUAUAUAUAUAUGUAGCUGUACAUAUAUAUAUAUAUCUACAGUCACUGUGAACAAAAUGAUGUCUAGACUUAAAUAGUGCU